CCGUAUGCCAACGCGUUCCAUUUCGUCACCAACAAAUACCCUUCAAAGGAAAAUGAAGCAAUAUCAGACAUCAUAAUUGCUCUAGUAUCAUACUCUUUUUAAAAUGAUAAAAAAAACCUCUAUUAUAUACCCUCAGACAAACAUGUUUACGAACUUUUCUCAAGGCCACUACACACCUGCAGGUGUUUACGUCAAACUCACAGAUGUUUUUUUUAGGUCAAACAGCUGCAGAGAUUUUAACAAUAACAACUUCAGUCACGUAAACAACAAGGGUAUAUAAGACAGGACUUUUUAUUAAAUAAAAUCAUUCUCUAAAAAAUCAUGAACUAUGAUCCAUCUCUCUUGACCCAGUCGCAGGACACCGUAGCCUUAGAAAUGGCUGCAUAUGAUCAAGAGGAUCCCUCAUACAUGAGCAAGGAAGACUUCGGAAUUAUAACUACCACUCAAGAAGGAAUUCUGAAUACCAUGCAAGUCAUGAGCAAUGAAAUUGCUAAUCAUACCGACGUCAUCUUGAAAAAAAUUCAAAAAGGAAUUCUGGAUAUCCUCGAAGUCAUGACCAGUGAAAUUAGUAAUCAUACCGACAUCAUCUCGCAUAAAAUUCAAGAAAUACAGCAAAAAAAAGGAGGAAUGACUACCGUUUAUAAAUGCUACACCUGCGGAGAGGAAGGACACUUUUCACCCAAAUGCCCUCACAAAGAAGAAUACCAAAAGAAAAAAAAAACUAACAGCGCCGAAGAAAUCAAACCAAAAUUUACCUGCUUCACUUGCGGAGAACCGGGACAUUAUUCUACCAACUGUCCUGAAAAAGAGAACGUAAAACCAGCACCAACUAAAUCCAACGGAUGCUUCAAUUGCGGGGAAGAAGGACACUGGGCUAAUAAAUGCCCACACGAAAAACAGAAAAAGAAAACAGCACAAAAAAGAAGCGCUUGCUAUACUUGCGGAGAAACAGGCCAUUGGACCAAGGACUGCCCAAAAAUCGAAGAAGUCAUUCAAACUUCGGAUAUUGAAGAUAAUGAACCACCCAAGAAAAUCAAAAAAGAGAGAAAAAAACCAACCAAAAAACCUAAAAAAGAAGACUGGGACGAGGAAAUGAAAAUCGAACAAAAAAUACCGGGCCGAAUGAAGAGAAUCAACAAUCAAAACAUGUUCAUUGAGGAACCCGACCUCGAUUAAAAACCGAAAUCCGUGAAAGAAAAGCAUUAUUUCUUCAAUGUAAAUAUGUUUAAUAACUUUAACUUUAACGGUUUAUCAUUAUUUUCUUGUUCUAAUUGCAUGUUUUCAUUCAAUAAAUUCGUUUUCACUUUAUACUGCCUUUGUUUACCUUUAUUCCGACGCCAUUUUGGAUUUGACCU